AUGGCGACCUCUCGCGAUGCCCCGAACCCCCUACGACCCUACUACAUCCCGCCCUCUAUUGGCCCGCCGCCCGACGUCCCGCAGAACCAGACGUCCUCGUCAUUACCGCCCGCUUUCAAGCCCAGCAACAGUAGCAAAUCGAGUCUGGGCAGCCAGGCACGCGACAUUCUUUCCGACCUAGACUAUGACUCGUACUUUCCAGAGGCCUCUCCUACAGUAGCCGGGCAUGCGAAGAAACUGCUUGAUCAUGCUCUGUGGAACUACACGAGCGUCCUGCUCGCCCAACCAUUCGAGGUCGCGAAGACGAUCUUGCAGAUACACGAGGCAAAAGGACAGUUGGCAGGCUUGACGGGUGAGGAGUUCGGCCACAAGAGCAGACCACAGAGCUUUGCGAGCGGAAAGUUUGAGGAUUAUCCGCCCUCUGAUGAGGAGUCUGACGAGGACUCGCCAGGAUACUUCACAUCUACUGCCCCGCGCAUUAUCCCCACGUCGCCGUCCCCAUAUUCGCCGUCUGUCUCACGAUCGGGCGUCUCAGAAUCGAGGUCUCCACGACGACGCCAGCGACGCCUCGAUAGCCGAUCCCGGUCACGAACACCCACACGGCCUCCACCAUCCGCCGUACGGAAACUAGAUCUCAAGCGUCCAGACUCACUCCUCGAAGUGAUAGGACAAUUGUGGCAGAAGGAGUCUGCGUGGGGUGUGUGGAAGGGCACCAACUGCACUUUCAUCUACAAUUUCCUGCUCAAGACGACCGAGGGCUGGUUCAGGAGUCUGAUAUCAGCUCUGCUGAACAUACCAGACCCAGGUCUCGUGGGCUCAGCAGGAAGUGGAAUUGGAGGACUGGACAUCCUAGACAGCCCAAGCCCACUGACGUCCCUCGGUGUUGCUGUCGCUGCUACAGCCAUCGCAGCCACUCUCCUCGCACCCCUCGAUAUGGUGCGCACACGCCUCAUCAUCACCCCCAUCUCAUCCUCUCCACGAUCUAUAUACCCGUGCCUCUCUCUUCUGCCCUCUUUCUCCGUCGCCCCCAGCCUCCUCCCAGCUACCAUAAUGCACGCCUGCGUCCCCACUCUCAUUUCCUCCUCAACACCGCUCUUCCUCCGUUCAACGCUCAGCAUCGACCCUAUUCUUACACCGACCACCUACUCCUUCAGCACUUUCCUCUCCUCCAUAUCCGAGCUCUUCAUCCGCCUUCCUCUCGAGACCGUCCUUCGCCGCGGCCAGGUCGCCGCACUCCAGGACCACGAAACCCAGCGUCUGGCGUCUGAGUACCAGGCCCCACCCAGCCGUGCUAAGAGCCCGGCGUAUGGUCUAGACAAACCAAGCUCUUCUGACCAGAGCUUCAAGACUAUCGUGGAGCCGGGUCAGUACAGGGGUGUGCUGGGCACUAUGUGGUUCAUCGCUCGCGAGGAAGGCAUCAGUGUUUCUACACCGAAUGCUGCUAAGGCGGCGAGUGCAAAAGCGAUGGGUUUCUCUAGGCCGCCGCGUACAAGGAAGGGUCAGGGUAUGCAUGGGUUGUGGCGUGGAUGGAGAGUGGGUGUUUGGGGGCUGGUGGGGAUCUGGGGUGCUGCUGCGCUUGGAGGUGGCGGCGGUGAGUUCUAG